AUGGCGACGAAUACAACGCGUUUGCUGGCGCUCAAAGCGGCUGGCCUUUCGGCCACAAUGCUCACAAGGAGAAAGAGCAGUGGAGAGCCAACAAAUGGAGCACAAUCGUCACAGAGUGGCUCAAGAACGGCUAAAAAAGCUCGCGAAAGUGUGAUCGCUUUGCAAGAGAUUAUAAACUUAGAGCCAAGUGCAAUCAACAAAAGAACUGAUAUUCUGCAAAAUGAUCUCCUAAAAGAGCUUGUCAAGUUGGCUUGUAUUAUUUCGAUGAUUUCUGUUUGUCUAAACACCCCGCAAACUCUCACAUUAUGGAGUCCACUGAAUUGGGUGCUUUUUGUGAGCGAUUGCCUUGUAACAUUGAUCUUCACUUUUGAAGCCGGAGUUCACAUUCAUCAGCACGGCCUCGUUGAUAACGCUCGAUCUUAUCUAUGUGAUCGAUGGUGUCGUUUUGAUCUCUUCAUGUUGCUCAUGCACUAUUUGUCGAUCUCUGUGCACGGUUUUCAAAUGAUUACAUUGAAUUUUCCAUUGGCUGGCCUCAAGUACGCUCCUUGGUAUGGUGUUGUCCGUUCUCCGCGUCCAUUCAUCAUGGUCCGUUUCAUUCGAUCCAUUGUACGAUUCAAGUUGCCAAAAAAUCGAAUUCAACAAAUUAUCAAACGUUCCUCUCAACAAAUCAAAAAUGUGACGACUUUCUUCUUGUUUUUUAUGGCUCUUUACGCUAUUAUGGGAGUUCAGCUCUUUGGUCGUAUGGAUUAUCAUUGUGUUCUCCCGGGGACUGAUCCAAAAAAUGUGACUAUUUGGGAUCUAGCGAUACCCGACACAAUGUGCUCACAAAAGGGUGGAGGCGGUUAUGAGUGUCCGGAGAAUAUGGAGUGUAUGAAAUUGGAUAUGUCCGCUCAUGCAGAAGGCUUUUACGGGAUGUUCAACGAUUUUGCCUCUUCUCUCUUCACCGUUUAUAUGGCAGCCUCACAAGAGGGAUGGGUUUACGUAUUGUAUGACUGUCUCGACACUCUCCCCAGUUACGUAGCUUUCUUCUAUUUUGUCACUCUCAUCUUCUUCCUUGCUUGGCUUGUCAAGAAUGUUUUCAUUGCCGUUAUUACGGAGACUUUCGCCGAGAUUCGUGUGCAAUUCAGUGAAAUGUGGCAGAGUCGAGAUGUCACAGUAGAAGACACAUAUACACAGAAGCUUGAAAGAGGAGCUGAUGGAUGGCAACUUGUUGAAGUUGAUCAAUACGCGAGGACCGGGAACACCCCAGAACUUUUGCAUACAAUCGUCACCUCCACUCCUUUCCAAAUCGGUGCCAUGGGCUUAGUGUUGAUCAACGCGUUGAUCAAUGCCUCUUUUGUCUACUACCAUGAUGAAUCUGAUGUGAUCCGAAAAGAGAUCUACUAUUAUAUAGAAAUCUUUUUCACGGCAAUUUUUAAUCUCGAGUUAGCGCUGAAAAUCUUUGGCUAUGGAUGGAGUGCUUUUAUUCGAAGAGGACAGCAUAAAUUCGAGAUAAUUCUCUGCAUUGGAUCGACUUUAAAUUGCAUAAAAUAUCUCUAUCAAACAAAUGUUUUUACAUAUUUUCAAGUAUUUCGUGUAGUCCGUCUCAUCAAAGCUUCGCCAAUGCUUGAAGAUUUUGUUUAUAAGAUUUUUGGUCCUGGAAAGAAAUUGGGUGGUUUGGUAAUUUUUACAAUGGUUCUUUUGGUGAUCACCUCCGGCAUUUCGCUUCAACUUUUCUGUUAUGUUCCAAAAUUGAACAAAUUUAUCACAUUUCCACAGGCCUUUAUGACAAUGUUUCAAAUCAUUACGCAAGAAGGGUGGACGGAUUUGGUUGUCGAGAUUUUGAGAACCACAAAUGAGACAAUGGUUCCAUUUGUUGCCAUUUAUUUUGUCGGUUAUCAUUUGUUAGUGACACUGAUUGUGCUUUCACUUUUUGUUGCCGUCAUUCUUGACAACUUGGAAAUGGAUGAAGAGCUGAAAAAAGUGAAGCAAUUAAAAGUUAGAGAAGAGAACUCUAUGAGAACAACUCUUCCAUGGCGUCUUCGAGUUUUCGAUCGUUUCCCGACAAGGCCACAAAUGGUUUCUCUAAAAAGGAUGAAUGGAGAGUUUCCAUUACCAAAAAUUCGGCACUCUUUCACAAGACAGUUCGCUGAAGAGAUCGAAGACUCAGCGGUGACUUUGGAGGGUGAAGACGGUCAAGAGUCUGAGGAUUGCUCGAAGAGACUCCUUUCUCCAACAGUUGCCCUUCCAAAGCAUCAUCGCCUUCGCCUUCGUCACAUUGGUCGACUUUCUGAGCGAAACAUUGUCAACAGAAUACUAGAUUCAUCGAAUCGGAGCCGUGCUCUCCUUUCUGAUUCGACACUCCUCGUCGCGCAUCUUUCGAGAGCAUCGACACUCAAGGCGAAACACAUCGCCUCGCAGAGAACGAGGAAUCGAGGAUUAGCGGCAUCGGUGAAAGGGAAAUUGCAUCUGAUGGAAUCGAUGAAAGAGAAUGGGGAUAUUCGACCAACUGAUCAGGCUCCUCAAAAGGAUCAAAAGCAAGGAGAAAUCGAUAUAAAAGCACUUCAACAAAAACGAGCUCAUGCUGAAAUCACAAGGAAUCGAAUCGAGGAAGAAAUGAGAGAGAAUCAUCCAUUUUUCGAUCGUCCUCUUUUCUGUAUGGGUAGAGAUUCAAGAUUCAGAAGGAUUUGCCAGAAAAUCGUUUACGCUCAAUACAAUCCGGAGAAAAUCGAUCCAAUCACCGGGAAACAGAUUCAGCUUAAAUACAAGCAAUUGCACGCUUUCUUUGGCUUGAUGACCUAUUUGGAUUGGGCAAUGGUGAUCGUGACAUCAGUCUCCUGUUGGUCAAUGUUAUUUGAGGGACCCUGGCCGACAACUGGCGAGAAUCUCAUCUUCAAUAAUCCUUAUCUACAAAUAACUGAAUAUCUUUUCGUUCUUUCAAUGACUUUUGAACUUGUCGUGAAAGUUCUUGCAAAUGGGCUCUUUUUCACGCCAAAAGCUGUCAUUAAAGAUGUUGGCGGAGUGAUGACGUUCUUCAUUUACAUUACAAGUUUGAUUUACUUGAUUUGGAUGCCGAAUCACGUUGAGAUAAACUCAUUGGCUCAAUUGUUGAUGAUCUUUCGAGCAAUGCGGCCAUUGAGAAUUUAUACACUUGUGCCACAUAUUCGACGAGUUGUAGUCGAAUUGUGCAAAGGAUUUCGCGAGAUUUUAUUGGUAACAAUCCUGCUGAUUGUUUUGAUGUUCAUCUUCGCGAGUUUCGGAGUACAAAUUGUUGGUGGAAAGUUGGCUGCUUGCAAUGAUCCAAAUAUUACGACAAGAGACAAUUGCACUGGGCUUUUCGAGCAGAAACUCUUUGUGACAAGAAUGGAAGUUUUUGGGAAAAACGAUGAGAAUUUACAUCCGAAAAUUUUUGUGCCACGCGUUUGGACAAAUCCUCGAAAUUUCAACUUUGAUCACAUUGGAAAUGCAAUGUUGGCCUUAUUUGAGACACUUUCGUAUAAGGGAUGGAACGUGAUCAGAGAUAUUUUGUAUUUACGACAGGGAGCGUGGGCUGUUUUAUUCAUUCACAUUUAUGUGUUCAUUGGUUGUAUGAUCGGUUUAACGCUUUUCGUCGGUGUUGUCAUUGCGAAUUACACGGAGAAUCGGGGCACAGCUUUGCUAACAGUGGACCAACGUCGUUGGCACGAUCUGAAGGCUCGUUUGAAGAUGGCUCAACCACUUCACAUCCCUCCAAGGCCCGCCGAAAGCGCUCGAUUGAGAAAUUUUCUUUAUGAGAUUGCUCUUAGCAAGCCAUUCAAAAAUGCUUUCGAUCUUUUGGUUGUGUUGAACUCGUGUACUUUGGUUGUUCCAUGGAAUGUUGAAGAGGAAAAGCAACGAGCACAUGUGCUUUUUGGUCUUACUUUAUUUGCUGGGAUCUCAAAUAUUCUCUUUAUUAUCGAGAUUUUGUUCAAAAUGAUCGCUUUCACUCCGUUGGGUUUUUGGCAGUCGAGGAGGAACAAGGCUGACUCAAUCAUUACAGCAUUGGGCUUGUCAUGGAUCGUGCUUCACUUCAUCUUCAAAUUCCCAGCUGGUCUAGCUGGUGGUGAAGAAACGGAAACAUGGUGGCGUCGCUCAUCAUACACAUUUGGAUACAUUGUUGUCAUCUUGCGGUUUUUCACAAUAGCUGCAAGAAAAUCGACUCUUAAAAUGUUGAUGUUAACUGUUUUGAUGUCAAUGGUUCGAUCGAUGUUUAUUAUUGCGGCCAUGUUCUUAUUGGUGCUUUUCUAUGCGUACACGGGAGUGAUUCUCUUUGGGAUGGUCAAAUAUGGGCAAGCUGUGAGCAAGCAUGUCAAUUUCCGAUCCGGUCGUGAAGCUCUAGUUGUACUUUUUCGAAGUGUCACCGGCGAAGAUUGGAACGAUAUCAUGCACGAUUGCAUGCGAUCACCACCUUUCUGCUAUUGGUCUGAAGGUUUAAACUAUUGGCAAACCGAUUGUGGGAACUAUUUUGGUGCAGUUUUUUACUUCUGUUCUUUCUACUUGAUCAUCACUUACAUUGUGCUGAAUUUGCUUGUCGCUAUCAUUAUGGAGAACUUUUCCUUGUUUUAUUCAUCUGAAGAAGAUGCUUUAUUGAGUUACGCAGAUAUCCGUAACUUCCAGCAGGUCUGGAAUAUGGUCGAUAUUGAGCAAAAGAGAUCGAUUCCAGUUAGAAGGGUCAAAUUCUUGUUGCGGUUGUUGAAAGGACGAUUGGAGGUUGACCCAAACAAAGACCGACUUCUCUUCAAGCACAUGUGUUACGAAAUGGAGAGAUUACACAAUGGAGACGAUAUCUCGUUCCAUGAUGUUUUGAACAUGCUUUCCUAUCGAAGUGUCGACAUUCGAAAAAGUCUUCAACUGGAAGAAUUGUUGCAACGAGAAGAAUUAGAGUAUAUUAUUGAAGAAGAAGUGGCCAAGCAGACGAUCAGACAUUGGCUAGAGCAUUGCUUGAGGAAACUCAAGCACAAAACGAACAAUGGCGAUACACUAAUGCCCACAGCUGUUCCUCUACAUCGGCUCUCUUGCUUGGCUGCGAAUUUGGCUCCACCAACGCCGAUUCAGAACUUACAAGCAGCAGCUGCCAUCGCAGCUCAACAACAAAGUCAACAAUCGCUUGAGAUAGCGGAUAGUGGUGAGAGUUUGCUGGAAGACGAUCGAAGAGGAAGUCGGCGACAUAAAGGACGGCGAAGAGGAAGUAUUCCAGAACUUGUUGGGGAAGCCAAAAAGUUCAUGCUUGACAGCCUGACAAAGAGGUUUGAGAAAAGUGAGACGAAGCAAGCCGUGAAAGAUCGAAGGGCGACGAUGAAGCAAUUUCAUUUACCCACCUACGAACUUCCUGAUGUGGAAGAGACUCAAGAUGAAGAAGAAAGAAGACAUUCUUUGGAUGCGAAUUUGUCUACUUCGUUCAAUGAACUAUCUCCAAAACCCUUCAAUCAAACCCCAUCACCGAAUCAUCAAGUUGUCACCGGUCCAAAGGAAUCGGUUCAUUCAAUGGAUUUCACUUCUUCUCCACUAAUCGAUCACAGUCCUGAGGUGUUGACACUAGCUCAAGUGAAAACUGGAAUAGCGAAUGGAGUACCAUCAGUUGGAGGAUUUACCACUCAACCAAAACCAACAACAGGAUCUGGUCAAAAACUACCACCAGCCGUUGACAAGGGAGAUAUACCAACAGCAGUGAGUGGAAAAGGACAACCACCGACAACAACCACUGUCAAAGCAUCACUGCCAAGUGGAAAUGGAAAUGGACUUGGACAACCACCACUUAUUUUGGGA